AUGCCCAAUCUCGUUCAACGGGCCAAACAAGUCUCCUGGGGUGGACCUCAAUCCAGCAAGGCCUUUGCUCAGAAACCAACUGGUGGCAGGCAGGUCAUUGCUUCAUUCGUAUCUUGCAUCAUGAAAUGGCAAGACAAGCCAAAGUUUCCAUUUCGGUUGUGUGGAGACGGUGGAUUCUCCCGAACGGGCUAUUGCGCAUACUCUGGAAUUCAGAGAAAAAACUACAAGCCAUGGUUGGUCCACCUACUCUGCUGGAAGAAAAUGUCAAGGAUACACUAUCAUCGGGGAUUCAGUCCAGCAGCACAGGCAGAAAAGCAUGCCAUAGUAUGGCUUCGAUUGGGCCAUUACGUGAAAAAUGAUCUGACGUUCUUUCGAGGCAUUAUUCAUGCAGCCGACCGAGCCACUGGAGAGUCCUUGGUGGAAACCGGAGGUUCAACUGGCAAAUUCAAUGCCAUCAUUGAUUGUGGCGGAUUUUCUCUCGCCGGAGCUCCAACCAUUGCGUCACUGAAGCAAUUUGUGACCAUGCUACAAGAUCACUAUCCAAACCGGUGGGUAAGUGGUCCAUUGCGUCGUACGGUAGAAUCGACUCGAGUAGACUAUAUCAUACCGGUAGUACAGUUGCACUCACAAACACCGCUUUUGAAUGCUUCACUCUUUGUUGCAGGUAUGAUCUAUUUGGUCAACCUCUCUCGACCAGGCCAAAUCAUGCUUUCUAUUAUUCUACGAAUCAUCACAAAAGAGGUGCGAGACAAGAUCAAAGUCUUGCCUAAUCACAAUCCUGCCAAGAGUCUGGCCAUUUUGAAGACAGCAAUCGAAGAACGCUACAUCCCGGACUGGCUCGGGGGAACUGACACCUUCCAGUUCAGUGUUGAAGAGUACUACCCGCCUCAUCUCAGGUGCACCGAAGAUGAAGCUCGGGAAUUCUUGACCACCAUGCCUUAUCAUGCCAAGUAGUGCGAGAUUGAGAAUGGACUAGAAACAUGCACGGAUGGCAACCAUCCAUGCAUACAAGUCAAAAGAAAUCAACCAUUCAAACUCUCCAGAAACACCAGUACCAGAAGUACUCGUAUAGAACAACCAAAAUGCUACUAGAGCUAGAGCUAAUUACAAAUGCAAGUCUCUCACAAAUGUGCAGUCAGUGGACGGCUGCCUUCACCGAAGGGCCCACUGGAGUUGAUUACAACCAUACUGGUACCGUGGGGCGCUGACUGGGUCAGCUCUGUAUGUAUCUCAUUGGAGCCUUCCGAAAAUGAUAUACCGGUAGUAGUGCUGAAGCCAACAAACAUCCAGACCUUUCUCCCUGACAUCAAAAAGUGCUAUCUUAGGGC